AUGGCAUCAACGAAGUCUGCAUCAAAAGCUGCUCCGACAAAGAAAGCCAUCACAGCCAAGAAGAAAGUGUUGAAGGGUCAAAAGCACUUGCACAAGAAGAAGGUUCGUACUUCGGUUCACUUCCGUCGACCGAAGACUCUGAAGACAGCACGUAAUCCCAAGUAUCCUCGAAAGUCAGCACCGGCUCGCAACAAGCUGGAUACUUUCGCUAUUAUCAAGCAUCCUCUCACAACUGAAUCGGCGAUGAAGAAAAUCGAAGACCACAACACUCUGGUCUUCAUGGUUGACGUGAGAGCCAACAAACAUCAGAUUCGGAAUGCAGUGAAGAAACUGUAUAACAUUGAUGUGCAGAAGAUAAACACGCUCAUCACACCACAUAUGGAAAAGAAGGCGUACAUUCGUCUUACUUCAGACUACGACGCCCUUGAUUGCGCCAAUAAGAUCGGAAUCAUUUGA